AUGGCGAGGAAGAAGCUUGCGAAGAAGAAGAAGAAGCAGCCCUUGGGGGCUUGCGGACCGCUCAAGAUCACUAACAAAAUGAUACAGAGAAAGGUUAGGCUCGUAACUGAGCAGAAUAUCAUCGAGAAGCCCUCCCCGGUCGAAGAUUUCCCUAUGCGAAAAUGGUCUAUCGUACUAUACGUCAUCGGUGAGGACGGCGAGGAGCACCCCGCCGACUGCUUUCAGAAGGUCGUGUAUAACCUCCACCCUUCAUUCGAGAACCCGACUCAGACCUUUCACAAGCCACCUUUCAAGUGCGAGAACGAAGGAUGGGGUGAAUUCGAUAUGACGAUCGACUGCUACAUUACCGAGAAGUCGAAGCAGACUAUCUCACACGACCUCAACUUCGCCAAGAACCGCUACGAGGCCGACCAUACCGUGUCUUUCAAGAACCCAUCUCAGGCGCUUCAGCAAAUCCUGCGUGAGACUGGGCCUCUGCCGUCAGACGAUGACCGUCUCAAGAAGAAGGGUGGUGCUGGCAAAAAGGGUAGCCAGAAGUACGACUACGAGAAGAUCGCCCAGGCCCUCGAGAAGCUCGACGAGGACGACCUUCUCCGCGUUAUUCAGAUCAUCAACGACAACAAGACCGCAGACACUUACAUCAAGAGUGAUGUUGAUGGUGAGCUUAUGCCUGCUUCCCCUACUACGAAUCUCAUGGCUGGUCAGUUUUCCUCGCAUUGGGAAUUGGACGCGCCGCAGAUUCGGCACUUGUUUAUGUUCUCAGGAGCGACAGCUGACGCGUUAAUUUAG